CCUUUAAUACAGAAGCCUUAUACUAUUGUUUACUUCCACUCUGCUGCAUCUCUGCAGAUGCAGCCAGACUUUGGUUGGAUGAAAAGAUUACAACAGAUACUUGGUCAGAAGCACCGGCGGAACCUGCAUGCAAUAUAUGUUCUUCACCCAACUUUUGGGCUAAAAGCAGCAAUACUCACACUUCAGUGGUUUGUAGACAACGUGGUUUGGAACAAAGUGGUAUAUGCUGAUCGGCUUCUGCAACUCUUCAGAUAUGUGCCUCGUGAGCAGUUGACCAUCCCAGAUUUUGUUUUUCAGCAUGACUUAGAAGUCAAUGGAGGAAAGGGUGUUCGUGUGGAUCACAGAACAAAAUAUGUAUAUUAAUCAAAGGUCCUUGAGCUUCAUAUGCAAUUCCACCACCUGUUGAUACAAGAGGAUCACUGGCUUUAGUUUCUCCAUCAACAUUUUUCAUUGGUUAGUGGAUUAGGGUCUCUCUGUUUGAAAUGUAACGUGUCAGAAUCUUGCUUUUCUCACUUCUAUUUAUUUUUUAGGCUUUUGAUCUAUUAAGCAUUGAUUUGUUUCUCUUUAUAGGUGAAAUAAAAUUAUUUUCUCUUGUCAUCUCCUUAUUGAGUUUUCAACAAAAUUUAAUGUCGUUUUGGUUACUGUUGAAUCCAGACGGUUGUCGAUGUAAAGUGGCUUGUAGAUUUGUAGAUGGAACAUUUGGAUUACUUACAUUGAAUGUUUGUUUUGUGCUCCCAUA